UGCGCAGCACUUAAUUUUUCGCUUGUGUUACAGAAAGCAAUAGACCUUGCUAGCAAGGCAGCACAAGAAGAUAAAGCAGGAAACUAUGAGGAAGCCUUCCGCUUGUACCAGCACGCUGUGCAGUAUUUUCUCCAUGUUGUUAAAUAUGAAGCACAGGGUGAUAAAGCAAAACAGAGCAUUAGAGCAAGAUGUAGAGAAUACUUGGACAGAGCAGAAAAGCUGAAAGAAUAUCUGAAAAAGGGAGAAAAAACUGCACCAAAACCACUUAAAGAGUCUGGUCCUACUGAUGGAAAAGGGAAUGACAGUGAUGGGGAAGGGGAGUCAGAGGAUCCUGAAAAAAAGAAGCUACAGAAUCAACUUCAAGGAGCAAUUGUUAUGGAGCGACCAAAUGUCAAGUGGAGUGAUGUUGCUGGCCUUGAAGGUGCCAAAGAAGCACUUAAAGAAGCGGUGAUCUUGCCCAUUAAAUUUCCACACCUGUUUACAGGAAAGAGAACACCCUGGAGAGGGAUUCUUCUGUUUGGACCACCAGGAACAGGAAAGUCUUACUUAGCAAAAGCUGUGGCGACAGAAGCAAACAAUUCUACCUUCUUCUCAGUAUCUUCCUCUGACCUUGUCUCCAAGUGGUUAGGAGAAAGUGAAAAAUUAGUGAAAAACUUGUUCCAGCUUGCCAGAGAAAACAAGCCUUCGAUUAUCUUCAUUGAUGAGAUAGAUUCCCUCUGCGGAUCAAGAAGUGAAAACGAAAGCGAGGCUGCUAGACGGAUAAAAACAGAAUUUCUAGUCCAGAUGCAAGGGGUUGGUGUUGACAAUGAAGGAAUCUUGGUCUUAGGAGCAACAAACAUACCCUGGGUUUUGGAUUCUGCUAUCAGGAGAAGGUUUGAGAAGCGUAUUUAUAUUCCUUUACCUGAGGACCACGCCAGGGCUGCAAUGUUCAAACUUCACCUUGGGUCAACUCCAAACCUCCUAACGGAAUCAGAUUAUCGAGAGCUUGGAAAGAGAACUGAUGGCUAUUCUGGUGCAGAUAUAAGCAUCAUUGUACGUGAUGCGCUGAUGCAGCCUGUUAGAAAAGUGCAAUCAGCUACUCACUUUAAAAAAGUAAAAGGACCAUCGCUGUCUAAUCCAAAUACGAUGGUAGAUUUGUUGACCCCUUGCUCUCCAGGAGAUCCUGAAGCCAUAGAAAUGACAUGGAUGGAUGUUCCAGGUGAUAAGUUACUGGAGCCUCAGGUUUCCAUGGCCGAUAUGCUCAGGUCGCUGGCUAGCACAAAACCAACAGUUAAUGAACAGGACCUGGAGAAGUUAAAGAAGUUUACAGAAGACUUUGGUCAGGAAGGCUAAACCAAAGAUGUACGUGGAGAAUUAGAACUUUUCUGCUCUCUUAAUUAUUCUUGUGUCUUUAUUGAUGACACUUCAAAUAAAUGCCAAUAAAAUCACUCCUUUCUUACUUUGCAGAGGGAAUAGAAGAUACCUUUGCAAAGACCUUUAAGCUUUUGUAUUGUAAUGUUUUCCUCAGAUGUCUAUUAAAUGUCUUUUAUUGAAAAAAAAAUAUGAAAGUACAAUUUUAGGGUGAGACAGCAAAGUGAUGUGGUAACGUCUGUUAAAUACAAGAAGACUUUAAAUGAUUAGUUCAAUUUUAGGUAUUAUAUUAGACCUGGGUACAAGUGAGUUUUGAACUCCCAGUAGGCUCAAAAAACCCUUUUUUGAGGGGUGGAAGAGAAC